ACCAACAACAUGCCGUGUCCUUCCUACGAUCCUGAUCCUAUGUAUGGACACCUUCGCGAGCAUCAAGAUUGCAGCUCAGAUACAAUGAAGCCAAGUUAUUACACGGCUGACAGAAAUUCGAACGACGGUAGUUUACCCUAUGUUGCAGCGAACGAUGCUACUAAAGGUUGGCGUCGCAAAACUAAGCGCUUCGGAUCGCGUUCACGCAGACGCUAUGCUCGGUUAAUGCUCGGUCUUAUGGUGUCAACAUAUCAGACUACAAACUUCGAAGACUAGUUCGUACGCCGGAGCCCGACGGUCAUACCAGGAUGAAACCCAGACUCAUGAUACAACAAUGGUUGAAGAUCCCAGGUAUUCUGUUGACGUGCUUCUAGUCUUUGAAAGUCAACGGCGACACAAUAUGUCGAUGAAGAGUGCUGAUAUCGUUGAACAGGCUGGUCUUUUCUCUGCCGUCGUGACAACCUUUGCGGUUCAGGCGUCGCAGAACCUUCGGCUUGACUUCGUAGAGGUGUCAUCAUCUCCGAGUCUGCUGUUUGAGCUCGUUUUCAUACAGCGUGCUGUUGCAAGUGGCGCGAGUAUGGACUCGGUUCCUGAAUCUCGUACAACUCUCGUUGCUAUCUUUGAUCCUACCGGCAUGGCAUCGUGGGUCAACGGAUUGUGGUUCAUCAGUUUCUCACCAGGCCUGGUGAUUGCUGCACUUGUCAAGAAGUGUCAAGACGGGUUUAGGGUUUUGUCGGGGAGGCGUACGUUCAAGGGCUCUUCUGUGCGGUCAGACAGGGUGUGACGAUGAAACUUUCUUGGGAUCGUUUAUGCCUCGAAGAACAAAUAGACCAUCCAGGCUAGUACCAUUCUAGCAGGGGCGAACAAUUCAGGAGCUUUCCAGGACUUGGCGGCCUCGUGA